UUAAGGCCUACUAACGUUGGAUUUCGAAUAUCAACAUACAGUGAAGUGCCGAUUUUUUGUUUGAAUUCACAACUUGAAGUAAAAUGACAAUAUAAUUUUAAUCAGUGUAUGUCAGUUGCCUUUUUCGGUUAUGAAAACUCUUAUUGUAGUGCUCUUUUCGUAGCUCAACGGUUAGCCAAUUUAAAAUUUUGGAAUAUACUGCGGAGAUCAUUAAAAUUAUUCUCGAUUUCGAUUCACAUGCAAAGUAUGCAAUGAGAAUUCAUAGAACUACAUUACGAUGCCGUUAUUUCGUCGAAAAGCAGAAACACCAUUGCCAAGGACUAGUUCCAUAUCAAUUUAUGGGCAAGGACGAGCUCAAGCUUUACAGAAAGCUAAGAAUUCUGACAAGCAUUCUAAUGCUGGGUCCUUUUCAAGUUUUGAUCUAGAUGACAGACCAUAUCCAUUGGCAUUUGCUGAGGCUACAUUUGACCCAUCAUUGCCUAUAAAAAACAAAUCUCGAUUAUCAAAAGAUCUAGAUGAAGUUCUUGCUGAUAAUUCUGCACUGGCGUACUUCAUACAGUUCAUGGAUGCACAUCGUGUUAAGCAUCUGGUCAAAUUCUGGCUAGAGGCGGAAAGUUUCCGAAUUUCAUCAGAGACUAAGCUAAAAUCUGAAAAUAAGAAAAUGACUCUUCUUCAAACUUGUGAUGUAAAUAUAUCUGCCUCAAGCAGUGGGAACAGCAGUUAUGUGUCUGAUAAGUCCGAAGAAGUCUUCCAGUCCUCUAGUCAUGCCACUUGUUCUAGUUCCAAAGUGCUGGACCAUAAAGUUGAUAUAUUUGAGAAAAACUUGCAUGACCCUAAUUUAAAAACACUUGCUGUAAAUAUAAAUGAUAACAAUACUGUGCCUCUUCAUAUUAGUUAUAACGAAACUGUCAAAUUUGAUUUUUCUUGCGGAAACUCAUCUAAUGAUAAACCUAGUAAAAUUGUACAGCAGAGUUCAUCUAUAGACUCUGGUUGUGAAGAAAGAGCUAAAGAACUUACAUUUGAUUGUAGUUUAACUGACAGUAAAUCAAUUCCUGUAAAUAGUGGAAAAAAUAAUGCAAAAUUGUCUGGUAUUAAAAAAGAAUGGAAUGCUGAAAAUGAGGUGUUAAGCAAAGAUAAUCAAAGGACAGAACUUCUGAAAGGUGGUUUGGUGAGACUUGAAACAAGUAUAGAGCAAGAUGCUAAUUCCAUAUAUUGCAAAUAUAUUGCUCUUGAUGCAUCUUUUCCAGUCGGUGUGAGUGAAGAACUUAGAACAGCAAUAAAAAAUGAUAUAUUCAAUUCCUCUGGUGAUAUUGAUCCACAGUGUUUUGUUCCUGCUCAAGAUUUUGUUUUUAAGCGAAUGGAGAAAGAAUAUUUCCCAAAUUUUUUAAGAAGUAAUUUUCAUUGCAAGCACCAGAUAGAUGUACUUACUAGUGGAAAUGUAUUUCUUGCUGAUGUCCUUUAUAAUGAUUCUGCACUUUUCUAUUUUAUGGAGUUUAUGGAACAAGAAGGUGUUCGGCAUCUUGUUGAUUUUUUAUUGAUGGCUGACAAUUUUCAGAAACAUUUACUUUCUCAUCAGGGAAAGUAUGAUGGUCUGCAAGCUCAAACAGAUGCCAUGGUUUUAUAUGACAAAUACUUUUCCCUGCAAGCUACUAUACCUUUGGGCUUUAGUGAUGAGGUCCGAUAUGAAGUGGAAGCAAAUAUAUGCAGAGAAGGAGGACCUUUACCAGAUUGUUUUUUGAAACCUGUAAAAAUUCUUACCCAGUAUUUAGAAAAAACUUACCUUCUCCAAUUUUUAAAUAGUCAGCUUUACUUCAAGUAUAUUUCAGAAUGUAUUAUCAUCAUUCAGAGUGGUGGGACUGAUUCUCCAUUGCAGCAAAAAUACACAGGCAGUGACAGUGGAAGUGAGCAGAGUCUUCCUAUAUCUUCAGUAAACACCCUUCUUGCAAUGGACACUAAACACCAAAGUACAUCUAAAAUAAUAAAAAAUCUUGAUGAUCAAGACAUGAGAAUAGAUACUCAACAAUUUAAUCCUGAUGCACUUUGGCAAAGACCUUUAGCUGGGAAGUUGCAAAUGGCACAUGUUGAUCAUCUGGGAAGAGUGACUACUGAAUUUGAACCAGAUCCUGAAAAGAAACGUGAAUCCAGGAUUUCAAGAGCUGUUAAGAAACUAGUCAACUGGGAUGCAAAUAAAGAUCAAGAAGAAAUGGCAUGGAAAGUAGCUGAAAGGAUAGUAAAAGACAUCUGCAGUAUAACUAUGCCAGAAUCUGUUGAUUCUAUGCCAAAAACUAUACCUGAUUCUAUACCUGAAAUAGAUGAUUUUUUAUUUGACAGCAGCCCAUCAUAGCCAAAAUUGCUCUUUAUGGUAUGCUGUUUAGCUGGUGUUAUAAGUUGGAAUAUAAUGAAAGAAUUCCUAAUUAUGGGUGUUGCUACAUCUUGUGAUAUGAACUCUUAUCUCCUUAUUUCUUCCAUGUUACUUGCUUUUGUAAAAUACUAUCUGCAUGUAUGGUUAGGGUCACAUAUUUAAUUAUUUUAUUUUUGAUUUUCAGGGUAUAGUAAUCUCAGUUUUAAAUUUUUAAUUUCUGUUUCUUCUUUGUACUCAUUUUCUCAGUAUAAGUUUAUAUAUUUUUAAACAUGUUUUUAAUUUUAUGCCAUUGUAUAAAAGGUUAGAAUAUGGACAGAUAAGGCUGAUUUUUAUGAUCUAUUGACCGCCUUAUAAUUUAUUUUGGAUAAUUUAAAAACAUGUUAGUUUUUUACAAACAUUACACUACUUAUCUUCUAGUAAUAACAACAGUAAAUGCUUAUUUAAAGGAACUUUAAAAAAAUUAAAUGAUGUUACAAAGGUAAUAAUAAUAAGCAUGAAAAGUUUUAUAAUAACCAUGCAGUUUUAUCAGAAAAUUUAUACUAAAAGACUAACAGUCAGUCUUUAUUAUUGCAUACCUUAUGUAUAGGAUAAAUUUGGAAGCUAAAACUUAAUCGGGGACAGACAUAAAAUUAUUUGGUUGAUUUUCUUCUAAGCAAACAAUUUAUUAAUAUUAAUAUUUUUGAUAUUUCUUAAAACAAGCUAAAAAUAUUAAUUUUUACAGGUACUUAGUUGCAAAAUUAUUUGUAAAUUAUUCAUUUUUUAUGAAUUUUCAUAUAUAAAUGGUUCUGAAAAUGCACUACUUUUCUCCAAUUAUUUGAAUGUCUAUGUGCAUUGUACUACUUGUAUGAGUUAAUGUAGAUGUGCAUCUUUUAUUUUUGGAAAAAGUGAUACCUUUGUGCUGCUAUAAAUAACUACAUAAUCUAACUGUAUAUCUUUUAAUAUAAACAUUUUAAUAUCAAGUUUAAUAACAUGAAAAAUGUGUUGUUAAUCACUUCAUUAAAGAACUCUGUUUCAGGUGUAUACUGUGUAGUAAACUAAAAUAAUUUUACUGCUGUCAAGUAAAGCAUGAUUGUCGUUUUGUUUAUCAAAAUCAUUCCAAGUAAUUUGUUAAAAAAAAGCUUGUGUACCUUAAAUGCAUAAUAAUUUUUUUAUUAAUUUUGUAAUUAAUAUUUAUUAUCACUCUGAACCUCAUUUUAUUUUAAUUCUUAAGAUUAGCAGUGAAGAAACCUCUGUAUUACCUGAACUUUUCUAUGCCUGAAAAAUUAUAUGAAUUACCAAAAAUUAAACAAUGCUCCCUCAUAUUAUCUCUGUUGUAACUCAGGUUUUUGGAUGCCAUUGUUAGGCUCAUUCUUAGAUUUCUGUUUAAUAACUUAUACAUUCAUUGUAAUACUGAAUUAAAAUUUUCAUGAAAAAUAUUUUAGCCUGAGUUGGACUGAUUCUUAAGAAAUAUGUUUCUUGUCAUGGUAACCAUUAAAUAUUGCAUGAAGCUUAUGCUUCACUAAAAGUUCUCACUGGGAUUUUUGGUAGAGAAUGAAAACCGUUCUUUUAUAGCAGUUUCUUUUCUCUAAUAGAAAUGUAUUUCAAAUUAAUAAUGGAUUUCAAAUGAAUUACUACUACAUCUCUAAAUUUAUUAUAUGCUUCUAAUGGUGUUGUUGUAGCUCUUAAUAUUUUGAGAGACGACUAUUAAUUUUUUUCUCAUUUCUGCAUUGAAUACUUUUUGGCAAAAAUAUUUUAACUCUGCUCUUGAUCAUAAUUGUAUACUUAUAUUCAUGUGUGUGUAUGCGUGCAUAUAUAUAAUUACAUAACGCAAAUAUCAUUUCCAAAUUUCAGAUAGUGUCUGAUUUACUAAACAAUACUGUAUCAGUAAUGAGUUAUUUAAUUUAACAUUCAAAAAAUAAAGUACUGUCAAUUGAUAAAACUGCAUGAUAACAUUGAAUGAAAUUAUCUGCAGAGACAUAUUUGAUAUAAAUAAAUUAUAAAUUAAUAAAAUAAAGUACUGCAUUUAAUUAUGCUUGGGGCUGUGAUCCCAGUGACAAUAAUCACAUUCAUUACUGGAUAAAUUGUUUAUACCUAUAGGUGUAUAUAAGUAUAAACAAUUUAUCCUUUUGAAUGUAUGUUGCUAUAUUUUGCCCAUUGGUCUAUUUUCAUGUUGAAACUUCUUUUUAUCAUUUUCUAUUAAAUUUAUUUGGUUGUGUCAAGUAUGUUUUAUUUAUAUAACCUAUAAAUUAUUUAUAUUACCUAUAAAUAAAACACACACAAAAUUGUGUCCAUUUAAAAUAAAGAUUUUAAAAGGGGUGGAAUUCUAAACUGACUGCAGUUUUUUCAUAUUUUUCUUGUAUAAUGAAGUGUAAAUCUUUAUCAUAAAUUUUUAUGAUAUUCACAUACCAGAAAAAGAGCUUUUCAACUUUUCAUGAUUUAUAUCAUUUUUGUGAUUGUGUCAUUUUAAAAUUCUAAUAUCAGAAAUGCCAUCUUGCAAAUCUCAUUUUUUUGUUGCAUCUGAUUCUGAAAACCAUACUUAUUUUCAAAGAGUCUUGUGAGUUUUGCAUUAUGUUAUGUUGAAUUGGGAUUUUUCUCUUUCCAUAAUACAUAGACUUUUAAUCUUUUGAUAUGUUUAUAUUUUUAUGGGCUAUGCUUAUGUUAUAGUUAUAAAUGAUGACUGCCUGCACAUAUAUAUGCUCUUUAUCAAAUGGUCAUUUAUAUAAAAAUGUAAAAUACUUUAACUUAUGGCACAUGAAUUAGAAAAUUGGUCAAGUUUCUUUCAAUCGUUCCCUGUUUGGUAUUAACACUCUCCCUUUUUAAUUAGUACUCUAUAAUUAUUGCAUUUAAUAUAUUAUAUAUGUUUCCAUUUAAUAUUCAAUUCAAAUUCAAAUAUUUGUAUCUCUAAAUUUCUUAUUACACACUUCUUAGAAUUAGUUUUUAAGACAAAUUAUUUCAUUGGUGGUUUCAUUCAAAUUAUUUCGAAAAUGGUGCCUAAUAAUAAAGCUGGCAGGAGUGAGUACAGCAGCAGACUGGUAGAUUGCAAUCAUAGAAGAACAUAAAAAUCCUUAACAAAACCUUUUAGUCGAUUGUUAAAAUCUGAACUAUUUUAGUUUUUUAAUAUAUAUAUAUAUAUAUAAUUGACAGGACUAUUUUGCAACUUGCUGUAUUUACCAUUUAAAAUGUAUUAUAGUAACAAAAUGGCAGAAUUAAUAACACAAAUUUACUGUGUCUGGAAACAGUUGGAAAGUUGAUAGAUCAAAUAAAAUAUAUAAAAUCUCAUAUGUGUAGAGCCACAAAUUUAAUGGUAUAUUCAGAAAUGUAAACUUCAAAGAACUGAAAGGAAAGAAUAAUUUUUUAGCUACAAUAGAAAUAAAUAAAUCCAUACAAAAUAUUGUUGCAUUUUUUACUGGUAUGCUUUUAGUUAUUUGUGCAAUAUGUUACUUUUUCACCUUGACUGAAUGUUAUAUCUGGAUGUCAAAUAUUUAGACUUAACAGUGCAAGCACCUUUCUGUAAAAAAAUAAGAUCUUAAAAGUCUUUGACCAAUAAAAUUACCCAUGAAGAUAUGAUUUCAUAUAUCUUCUUCCAAGACAUUUCUCUCUGGGAGAUUAAUAGAAUGUGAUUUCAUAUAUCUUCUUCAAAACAUUUGUCUCUGGGAGAUUAAUAGAUUGUCACAUAUAGAAUACAAUUUUUGUUUAUUCUAGACUAUUUUGCAAAGAAUGUCUUGAAGAUGUAAUUGUAUCAGAAAUGCCAGUAAUCUGUAAAUUAAAUGUUAGCUUACACCAUUGUUAUUUAUUUUGUGAAUGAUUUUUGUCAUGAAAUUGGGCAAUAUUAGGGGGGAAAAUUAUUAGUAAAAUGUGACUUUGACAUCUACUAAAGCUUUAUCUUUCACACUGCACAUGCAUGAAGUUUUUGUUAUACCACUGUUGUCUCAGUAUUCUUUAUUUUAGUUACAUUGUGUGAAAUGUAUGAAAUUUCCCUAACCAUUUUAUUUUAUAUCAGUUGUCUGUCUGAAUCUUCCCUUUUCUGAGCUUGAUUGAAAAAAAUCAGAUCAAUUUAUCAGUUUUCUCUGCUUUGUGCAGUCAUAAAAACAUGAAAGAAAACUCAAAAGUUCUUAACACUUACUUAACUAGGACCAUUAACAUACUUUUAUGUUAUCAUUUCAUUCAUAAACUUUUAGUGCCUAUUAUUGUUAUGUUUAUAAAUAAAUAAUGUAAUAAAAAAAGAAGGGUGAAGAAGUAGCUUUUAUUUAACACUCGGCAUGCGGUUAUACUUCGGCGCGAACUUACAUGUGUAACGGGCGUUUUUUUGUGAAUCGUGCGGAAGUAUGGUUAUUCAGGAAAAUCGCAGUAAAUUGAAAACUACUUGUUUUUAUGAACAAUUUUUUUUUUUUAUUUUAUACUUAAAUAUAUACUGUAUGAUUAUUUAACCCCCCCAAAAGAUAUUGUUACGAAAUCACAAAAAUAAACGAUUUUUAAAAUUUUACAAUGUAUUCAAAAAUAUUUUUUCAUAACAAGUACAAAUAGAACUGAUAACAAGUUAAUAGUUCUUUACAGUAUGGUAGCGUUCAAAGCAUUUUCCUCUAUGAAGAGGAACACGGCAGAAGCUAAAUAUGAAACACAUUUCACUUCGCACUUCUUCGACUGCUCACACGCGACAUUGUCUUUGUGGAUUUUUCUUCUUCCCGGCACCAACAAUUUUCUCCAAUACGUGUUUGCGCAUAUCCAUGGACAAUCUUCCAGGAAGGUCGUGUUUUGAUAUCAUUUGCUCUGGUUCUUCAAUGCUGAUUUCAGGUAGUUCAUUAGUAACCCAAUGUCGUGCAAAAAUUUCGUGUAUUUUAUUUUUUGCGUCUUUGUCAAUUUGUAUACUACAUAUGCAUUGAAAAAUGCACAAUUCAUCAUAUACAUAGCUAAGCGCUUUGUCCACUUCACUGUUUUACGCAAAAUACUAUAGUAGGACAAAUACUGAUUGGCCCAAUCUACACCUUUCAUGUACUUGUAGUCAAUCAAAGCAUUUGGCUUUAUGAUUUUUUUGUCUCUUGAUAUGAUCAACAUUACUACUUUCUUUUAUUUCCACAGAAUAGAUUAAAGAGAUGAGACCAACUUCUUUCUUGGAUUGCCAAACUUGUACCAAUAUAUAAUUUUUUCUUCGAAAGAUUGUUUCUCCUUUUUUUCAAAUUAGUUAGGCACUCUGGUAGACCUCUAUUCUUCCUAAUUGUUCCUCAAAUUCAUAUUUUUUUUGGGGGGGGUGGGGUAACAGGGCUUUAGUGUUAUCGAUGCUGUUGUAGUAAUUGACCAUGUACAAAUGGUGCCAGACAUCAGUAUAUGGCAAAACUACUGUGAGUAUCGUUUCAAUCAAACGUAAUCCUUGAGCUGCAUAAACUUCAAAAUUGCAAAUAUAAGCAGUGUCACUUACUGACAAUAUUCGUAUGAGUAUGCCGUAUUUUAUAAUUUUUCUAGCGUUGUAAACUCUAAAAAAACAAUUGUUCUCUCCAAGGUAUUAUGCCCUCAUCUAACGAUACUUGUUGUUUCGGUUUGUAAAUGUUAUUGAAUUUUUCAACAAAAUAAUUUAGUAUAGGCCUGACUUUGAAUAAUCGAUCAGAAUCGUCCGUGAUGUCUUCAUUGUUAUUGAAAUGCCAAGCCUUCCAUAUUUGGAGAAAUCUAUCCCUUGACAUAGUUUAAAAAAAAAGAAAAGAAAAAAGGUGUACUCGUGCAGACAUUAGUUAACCAAUAAUCGUCUCGGGCGUCUUUACGAACUUGUCCCAUGAAAAUAAUAAGCCUCAAAAAUUUCUUAUCUCCGGAAUCGUAAUAUCUCUCUAUUUCAUGCUUUUAGGAGAUAUUUUGAACUUAUUCAUAUUUUGAUAAUAAUACCUGUUUGAUUCCGCGACUAAAUAUGCAAAAAAGUCAUCGCCUAUAAAUAACUUUACUGCAUCAGCUGUGGGUUCAGGAACAUUAGCCAGCUAUUAUUAGUUCAGGAACCAUUUCAUGCUAUUAUUAGUUAUUCCAGGAUGACCCAAAAACUCUUCAAGGUCUGGAGGAUUGUCAAUUGAUGACCAUUCAUCUGCUUCUUCAUCAGAAGUUGUUUCAGAACUACUAGAAAUUCUUCUUCAGAUGAACACUCGAGAACGUGGAAUAAUGUCAUCGUCACUUUUUUCGAUAUCUUGACUUUCAGAAUCACUAUCAUACGAAAAGUCCAAUAAUCUGUCAGUUAUUUCUAAUUAUUUCAUAUUUUCUUCAUCACUAUCUUUGUCACAAUGAUUCAUUUUAUCAAAUUAUUUAAUCAAUAAUAAAAAACCAAGCUUCAAAUUGACAAAAUACGACUUGUACGUUAUGGAGCUAAGAAUUUGAUUGAAGACGAAAUAACUCAACAAAAGACCAAGUAACUCGACAAUCAUAACUUGUUGAAAGAAAAAAUGCAUAUCAAACAACACCCAUAUAAUGUCACACAUGCAUGUAAUUAUACGUAUUUAAUAGAUUUGUGGUGGUUAGUGGGUAUUCACCACAAAUCUACUAAAUACGUAUCUUUACGUGACCCACGCUCCAGUGACAGACUGCAAAAAAUGUAAAAAUAUGUUGCCCACAUGUCAUACGUAUUUUUACAUGAUCCGCGCUCCAGUGACAGACUACAAAAAAUGUAAAAAUACAUUGUCGCAUGCCAAGUGUUAAUAGCACAGUGUUUUACAAUAUACAAUAUUCAUUUUAAAAAUAAAUACACAAUUGUCAUCUGCAGUUGAAUCUUCCUGCUUUAACAUACCGCAGAUAAAAGGAAUGACCCUUUUGGUUCUGGUGCAGUUCUCUAUUGUACUCUUACGUUAUGUUGUAUUAUAUUAUACAGUUAAAGUGAGUCUCCAAAAAUAAGAAAAUUGGAUGUAAUGAACUACUAUAUGAUUAUGUUAGACUAAAACAUUUUUGUAUUUUUCAUAUACCUUUAAGAAUCUCUGCAGGUUUUAAUGAAGAAAUUACUGUUCAAAUUGUCCAUGUUUAGAAUAUUAGGUGACUAUAUUCCUUAUUUCAUCCAUGAAGGAAAACAUCUUCACUACCCCACUAUGAAAAUUAAUUGUAACAUACAUAUUUUGUCUCAUACCAUUGGGGUUGCAUUUUCUUAAUGAUGUUUGACUUGUUCACUUAGGAGCAAAAUUUUUUACCAUCAUAAUAAAACAAAAAUUAUGGUGGUAAAGCAAAAUGUUUUGUUAUUGUGACAAUUAAACCCAGUAUUUUUGUUUAAUAAGUGACUCAUUGCUUCUUUUAAAAAAUGUUUAACAGAGUAGUAUUCAAGGCUUUCUUAACAAUUAAAUCCAGUAUUUUUAUUUAAUUGGUGACACAUUGAAUUGAAAAUAACACAUUGAGAUGUGACACAAUAAAAUUUUUUAACAGAUUUGGCAGACAGAAUAGUAUUCAAGGCUUUCAUAAUUAUUAAUCCGGUAUUUUUGUUUAUUUGGUGACACAUAGCCUUCUUUUGCAAAUUUUUAACAGAGCUGCCAGACAGAGCAGUAUUUGAGGCUUUCUUUUAGGGAAUUUUUUUUUAAUGCUUAUCAGUUUGUUUUGAGUAUAAAUGUUCUUCAGUUCUACUCUGACUCCAAGUUUUGCAUUCUUUAGCUCUUUUGAAAGAUAUAAGAUAUUCUUCAUAAUGGUUAUUGAAUCUUUGGGUUGCAACCAUACAUAUCUUGUGGGAUACUGUUUUUUUUGUCACUGUACAUUGUAUAAGACACAUAGAUUUUCUAGCUCCUUUCGGCUUGUUUUCGUGAUGUAAUGGUAGCACACUCGGCGCAUAUUUGAGAAGUCCAGGUUCGAGCCCCGGUGAGGGUCUUGCUCAUUUUUUGUGUUUACUACUUCAAAAAUUCUAGUGACUCUACAAGAUGACAAAAUUAUCUUCCUUUUCCAUCUUAUCUAGUUGAAUAAAACUCUCAUGUAUUCUUCAGCCAAAUUCUGUGAUUCUGUAUAAAAAAUUUAUUUGCAUGCCGAGCUGUGGAUGUUAAAACUUCUGCAUUGAAGAUAAAAUGAAGAUUUUUUGAAAAAUACAAAAUGGAUGCAGUUAAAUCAAUAUCUGCCAGAAAUAUAGUUUAUCCAAAUCUUCAACUCAUGCCAGAUAACAAAAUCAAAACCAUGUAAUAUCUGCUCAUGGAAAAAAUGCGAAUAUGAGAAAAAAGUUGAAAGAAAAAGAAAGAUUGAGCAUGGGGGUGUUGAAGAAACAUUUUAAAAAUGAAUUGCAAAAGCCAUUGUUUGGUCAGAUGCUUCGAAAGCCAAUUAAAUCUCCAGGCACUGAGAGACAAAAGGAAUGGAUAACAAAUUUAAUAACUGCAAUUAAAUGUUGAUGUAUUUAAGUUAAGUUUAUUAUUUGUUUGCUUUUUGUAAAUGUGACAAUUUUAAUCAGUUUACCCCCCUUUCUUUAUUCAUCAUUAAUUUUUUACACGGUUUUGUGAGCUAUCUGUUUUUCUUUUCAGAUCAGAUAUAGUGAACCAAACUUUUGGUUUCUUGAAGUUUAUAAUAGCGAGGUUUGACUGUAAAGAAAAGUUUGUUAAACUCAGGUAUUGAAUAUUGCAUAUUUGUUUAUCUGUGUUAACCAUUUUUUGCAGAUAUGAAACUGAAAUUAAAAUCAGAAACUUUUUUGAGACUUUGUUAAACAAAUUCUGAAAUCAUAGUUUCUGAUCUUUCAUUUGUAUGGUUUGAAAGAAGAAGGCAGUCUUGAAAUUUUACUAAUGUAACCUAUGCUUAUUGUAGCAGAUAUUUAUUAAUCUGAGUGCAAGAUCUUUGGUUGAUGAUUUCUGAAAUAAAGAAAUAAUUUCUAAUUUUCUUUCUAAUAGCCUGUAUUUAUUUUAAGUAUUAACAUGUAUAGUUUCUUCGGUUUUUAUGUGUUUAAUGUUUGACUGAUGGUAUAAUUGUAAGCGAAUAUUGUCUGUAGCAAAAAGAAUUUUUUAUGUAUUUGGUGGACUUCAGUAUUGGUUACUAUUUUAUGAAAUGCUAUUAUUAUUCCGUUAACUGUUGUUUCUGUUGAAUCUGAACUGUAUAUUUAUCUUUUUUGUGCUUCCAUUAUUUUGUGAGAAAGGUUAAUGUAGAUGUAUGGAUAUAAAGUACACUAGAAAUUGUCUUUCACUAUACAUUAUGUUGUUGAAGUUUGUUACAAUAUAUAUUAUAUUUAAUAUUCUGUAUUUUGAUUCAUAAAUUGUGUUGCAGAAUAUUUUGAAACUAAACAUUAUGUUUAUGUAAACUUAUAUGUAAAUGAGAGAUAAGGUGCUCUGUGAUUUUAUGGAAUUAACUGAUAAUGGAAAAGAGUAUUAAUGCAAUAUGUUAAUAAUUCAUCCAUUUUGGGGUAUGUAAUAUCAGUGUACAAAAUACUGAAAUGUAAAUAAAAGAUAACAUCUUCUUCUCAGGA